ACUAAAUAAAAAAGUAUAUGUGUAUAAAUGUCUACUGUCGAAUUUAAUGUAUAUUAAAUUUAAGCUGCAUUGGAUUUUAGUUAAGGACGAAUUGAGGUGUCCCUGAGUCAUUAAAAUCCAGUGCAGCUUUCAUUCUUUAGAGGACCUUUAGAGUUAGUUAUGAUCAAUGUGAAAAUCUCUAUGUAAUUUUAAUUAAAAACAUCAGUUCUAAUUCGAGAGCGUGCACUGUAUAUGUUUAUUUGCAUACACACACACACACACACUUGAGUAAUGGCCAGACCCUAAAAGCCAGAACCACGCAGCCAAUUCAAAUGGACGCAAAAGUGAACGUUGAUCGGCAGAGACGAAAAUAAAGUGCGCGGCAGUGGCGUCGGUGCCGCCAAUUGAUAAAAGAUAAAAAUAAAGAGCAGUUGUAUGCAAGAAAUUUUCAAUUUGUAUAUUGCAUCUGCGCUUGCCAUGGUUUCUAGAUCUCGAUUUCGCAUUUGCUUGUAAAUUCUUUAGAAGAACGACGCGCGACGCGUGCAACAACGAACAUUUCAAGGCGAUUACAUAAAAUCCAACAGCGUAAAAGAGAAAAUAUGCAGAAAACUAUCAAAAAGGAGCUAAGCUUCUCGUUGGAUACGCUGGAACGCUAUCGCGCCAAGUAUGGACGCAGUGCCUCGCUGGACACAAAUGGCCACAGUCAGCAAACAGAGGACACAGCCGUAAGCACAGUCGCAGCUAAGGCACGCUCGCCCCCGCCUUCCAUCUUUAGGGCACAAUCGCCACCCAAGCUGACCAAGCUCCAAGAGCUGCAACAGAAGAAGGAGGCCUAUCUACGCGCACGUGAGCAUGAGCGUGAAAUGGAGCAGCUGCAGCGUGCCGAAAAACUCACAAGCAAUGGCAGCAGCUCUAUCCUGGACGUACCGAAGCCCAACAGCAGCUCCAAUAGGAGCAGCCCCAAUGGCACUAAAACCACUGCGCCGGCUUCUUCAACGCAAACUGCGGCGCAGCUGACAAAUCAAAAAAUUAGCGCCGGCUAUAGCAAUUGGAGCAACAAUCACAGCACACUCUGCUCGCAGCCUUGGUGCGCCAUCAGCGAUCUUAUGUACUUUUGCGACAAAUAUGAAUUCAAGACACUGAGCACACGGGAUCUGAAGACACAUCAGGAAAUUGUAGCGGAAGUGCGCGCUCUGCUAUCUGGCAAGGCGCCCUUUGAUCAGCGUACACGAUUUCCGGGCAACAUACACGAUCCGGAGAAUCUCUGGGUGUGCAUUGGUCGCUGCGCCAGCGUUGAGUAUCAUCUGCAACGCAUCAUUAGUGUCUUUCGCAAGCCCUUGAAUCAACUCACGCCGGACAAGCAGCGCGCAGUGCGACAGAACUUUCAUCUGGCAGUAAGUGAACUGCGUUUGGACAUCUCUGCACGCAUUAGCGAGGUGCGUCUGUACGAUCGUCUGGUGUUUGAGCGCGAGUUUCGACUGGAGUGGCAGGAUGAACAGGCCUAGAAGCAACAAUACUUAGUU